UGGAAACUCUACCGGUACAACGUCGACGAUCUGAAUCCACCGCUAGAACUAUGGUUUCCCGAAAACAAAGGAAAUGGAGCGGUGAUCUACCCCUCAUACAGAAUAAUAGACUAUGAUUCGCUGCCUGAAUACUCGAUUUUCAUCCAUGGGCACCGGCCGUCGUGGCAUCGGAAGGAGAUAUGGUAG